AUUACAAAAAGAAGAUUGGUGUAUUUAGAGAAUGAAUGAUUAAUUUUUAUGCACUUGCUAAAAGUACCUCACUAAUAUUUGUUUUUUAAGGAAAAUAAACUGUAAAAUUUGAUCAUUUCAUAUAGCCGAAGGAGUGAUAACUAUGAGUCAUACUCGAUAGUAUUCGCAACUGUGGACAGUUAAAUUAAAAUACAUGAAUUUUAACUUGGUUGAGUGGACCAUUUACGGAUUAAGCCCACAACCACAGUGAAGAAGAAGAUUUAUGUAUUUUAUACUGUACCGAAUGUUGAGCAUACUUUUAUACAAUUCGAAUUAUCUGCUCGUUUAUAUUUGAUAAGAUAUCAUUUACGAAACGUAUAAAUAUGAGUAGAUAUGCUGAUGAAAAUCAAGAAAACACUAUGAGACGAAAUCCUCAACAACGGAAAUUGGUGUAUAGAAAUCUUUUAACUAAACUAGAAGGAAUUGAAGAAACAGAGGAUGUAGGUCUCAACACAGUGAAUGAAUUAGGAAAUGUAUUAAGAGAGGCAAAUGCUUUGGAUACAGAAUGGAAUAUUGAUGAUAGAGUAGAGCAUGCAGAUGAAACUUAUUUAGAUUGCCUAGUAUUGUCUUCAGCUAGUUCUGUUUUAAAGAAAUGUAUACAUGCUGUUGAUGUGUUUACUUCUACAUAUGAUCCAUCAGAAUAUUCCUCUCACAUAAUAAACAGUAUUAAAGAAGAUGUGGAACUUAGACCUCCAGAUUUACUAAAACUGCUGGACAGUGCUAGAAAGAUAAUUCCAAAAGUGCCUCAAUACACAUAUGUAUAUGGAACAUAUGAUUUAGACAAAUUACCUGAACCAAAGCCACAAAAAGAGAGAUUGAAAAUAGUUAAAGAAAAGGUACAAAAAAAAGAACCUGAAAAGCUUAUAAAUCUGAAUAAAGAAGAAGAAGCUAUAGAAGAUAUAGUUAAAAUAUUAUUUGAUGUCUUAUCCUUGAAAUAUCAAGAAAACAAUGAACAACCAAUAAAUUAUUAUGAUUAUAUCAUUGAUACAGAAGAUUUUGCCAACACUGUGGAAAAUAUGUUUUACUUUUCAUUUUUAGUUAGAGAUGGGAGGGCAAGUAUAGAUUUAAAUAGUAAGGGUGACCCAGUUAUCAAACCAGUAAAAAAGAGGACAUUGAAGGAGUUUAGGAAAGAAGGAGGAGUUAAUCCACAAAUUAUUAGUCAAAUAACCAUGGAUCAAUGGAGGAAAAUCAACAAACCUGGAUACCUACAACAACAUAAGAAGAACCCAUGCUGAUAAAAUAUAUGUUAUUUUAUACAAAUAUAUUAUUUUUAUGUUAAUGGUUUUUUUUAAAUAAAUUUUUUUAUUGCAUG